AACCAUGUAAAUAACCUCCAUAGCCAGAAGCCGUACAAAGCAGACUCAUAAAAGGACUAUCAAGCGCAGGAAACAGCAUAACACAGAGCGGAAAAAAAUGGCAGCGAAGGCUGUUGUUUGCUAUGGUAGCUCAACUUCUAGCACCACACUUCGUCCAGUUCUUUGUCCUCAACAGCUUAACAAGAGGGGGGUUUUUGCAGUGCAUUCUCGGAGAUGUAGCAUCAAUAUCAAUCACAAAAGUUUGAGCUUUCGCCCAAAAACGUCUCUGAGAUGGAAUUUGGAGGCUACAGGAAUUCCAACUUCAGUUCCAGUAAGAGUGGCACAUGAACUUCAUCAAGCUGGACACAGAUAUCUGGACGUCAGGACUCCUGAUGAGUUUAGUGCUGGACAUGCAGCAGGAGCAAUUAACAUUCCUUAUAUGUACAGAGUUGGAUCAGGAAUGACCAAGAACCCCAAAUUUGUGGAGGAAGUAUCGUCACAUUUCAGAAAACAUGAUGAAAUUAUUGUCGGUUGCCAGCUUGGGAAAAGGUCUAUGAUGGCUGCAACUGAUCUUUUAGCAGCUGGUUUUACUGCAGUGACCGACAUUGCUGGUGGAUUUGCUGCCUGGACACAGAAUGGACUUCCAACAGAUAAUUAACUUCUGUUUACGGGAAUUACGUCCAUUACCGCAAUAAACUUUAAAGAUAAGAGAUAGGUGAUGUGCAGGACGCCACUCGUCAAUGUUUUAGUAGCAGCAUACAACAUUACAAAUCCUGCUGUAAAGCUUACUGAAAACGCAUGGCAAGUGCUGUGAAAAUUUGUCAUGAAAAGAACUGUAUGAAAUGGAACAUUUGUGUAAUAUAAAACAUCUUAAAAUUGUACAGAAAGUUCUCUACUUGUGGAUCAGUUUGUUUAUGCAA